GCCGCGGCGCCGCCCCUGCUCGGCCGCCCGGCUCCCUCGGGGCUGACGGACUGACGGCCCGCGCCGACGGCUCCGGGAUGGGCGCACGGACGGUAUUCUGAAGUCUCGGGAAGCUGGCCCAUUUAGAUGUUCACGGCCCAUGAGGAAGGCAUGUAAGAAGCCAUGGCGCUCCCUUUUCAGAAAGAGCUGGAGAAAUACAAGAACAUUGAUGAAGAUGAGCUUCUUGGCAAACUCUCAGAAGAGGAACUGAAACAGUUGGAAAAUGUUCUCGAUGACCUAGAUCCCGAGAGUGCGAUGCUGCCAGCUGGAUUCCGACAGAAAGACCAGACACAGAAAGCAGCCACUGGCCCGUUUGACCGUGAACACCUCCUCAUGUACCUAGAGAAGGAGGCUUUGGAACAAAAAGACAGGGAAGACUUUGUGCCCUUCACUGGAGAAAAGAAAGGGAGAGUCUUUAUCCCCAAAGAAAAGCCCAUAGAAACCCGUAAAGAAGAAAAAGUCACUCUUGACCCAGAACUGGAAGAAGCUUUGGCCAGCGCCUCCGACACUGAACUCUACGAUCUUGCAGCUGUUCUUGGAGUACACAAUUUGCUCAACAAUCCAAAGUUUGAUGAAGAAACAGCCAACAGUAAAGGUGGCAAAGGACCUGUGAGAAAUGUGGUCAAAGGUGAAAAGGUCAAGCCUAUAUUUGAGGAACCACCCAAUCCCACAAAUGUGGAAGUAAGUCUGCAGCAGAUGAAAGUCAAUGAUCCCAGCCUGCAAGAAGUCAACCUCAACAACAUUAAGAACAUUCCAAUUCCAACCCUGAAGGAAUUUGCGAAGGCUCUGGAAACCAACACUCACGUAAAGAAAUUCAGCCUGGCUGCAACCCGCAGCAAUGACCCUGUGGCGAUUGCUUUUGCAGAUAUGCUGAAAGUAAACAAGACCUUGAAAAGUCUAAAUGUAGAAUCCAAUUUUAUCACUGGAACUGGGAUCCUGGCCCUGGUGGAGGCACUGAGAGAAAAUGACACCUUGACGGAGAUCAAGAUCGACAACCAGAGACAGCAGUUGGGAACAGCCGUAGAGAUGGAAAUUGCCCAGAUGGUGGAGGAGAAUUCAAGGAUCCUCAAGUUUGGAUACCAGUUUACCAAGCAAGGACCACGAACAAGGGUGGCAGCUGCCAUCACAAAGAAUAAUGACCUGGGUAAUGCAGCCUUAAUAUGUGCUGUUAGCAAUUAGAGGAGCAUGAUGACCAUUCAUUUCUCCACUUCAGAUAUAACAUCACAUACCAUUCCACUGGCCUGUGGUGUCAGCCCUUCAUGAAGGGCACAUUAUUCCAUGGUCAUAGGAAUCCUCAACUUCAUAAUGUUUAAGUUUUAUUGUAGCAUUCUCUCAAAAAGAACCAUUUGUUCUUUUUUCUAGACAGCCUUUGAUUUUUGCUUGAUUUCCUCUGGGUAUUUGCUUUUCCUUUACUUCUUACAUGUAACCAUCUUCUGUUGUUAUCUGUACCAGAAGAUGGAUGCAGUGAUAUGGAAAUUCCCAGUUCACUUCUGUUUGACUCGUGACUGUGCUUUUGUACUUGGGUUAAAUAUGGUUACAUCUGAUACCUUGGUGAUUUAUGUGUGAAAUAAACAAAUGGAGCUAUGUUAUGAAGGUUGAACUCAGAAGUAGCUUUUUCAGUUAGCCCCCGUUUAAUCUUUCCUGCUGCCCACUCCUUGCUGAGGAUCCAUGGCAUUUCUUCUGUUAGGGUGAGGUGGAGCAUGUCCUGGUCAAUCACAGAACAGAAGAAUGAGACAGAUUGGGAAGACUUGUCUAGGGACAUCCCAGCCACCUGGAGCAGUGUGGCAAAAGGACAUCCAGGAGCCGACAGUCCACUGGCAAGCAGUCAGCCAAUAGCAGACCUCAGUCCCCAGUUUGAGGUUCAGGGACAGAGUGCCAGGCCUUGGACAGGGGAACUGGGCAAAGUGUUCUACCAGGUAUAGUGCUGGCCAUGGGGAGGAUUCAGAUCGUGGACAAGAUGGAAACUAAGAGUUAGAACCAGAAGGGGGCAGGUAAAGGUUAGUGUCCAGUUCCCUGCCCAGACAUGCUUAGCCAAGACCCCGAGGCACAGCCAAGGUACAAUGUGUGGCCUCCAGAGGCUAGCCAGGCAUAUGGCAGUGCUUGCCUUGGGGGUGCCGAGGGUGAGGCUUAGGGGACAGCCCAGCAAACAGGGCUUUGGGGAAGGGUAGAGGCAGCAGUCAGAAAGUGCCUAGGAAAAGCACAUUAGGUCCACAGCUGAACAACACAGAGACCAAAGAAAAAGAGGCAAAAUAAGAGGUUUGAAGUAAACAGGCAAUCCUGAGCCCAAGAGCAGCAGCCUUGGGCAACAGCUUUGGUCAAAUUUUCUGCAGCCUAGGCAGGAGCAGGCUGGGCUAUUUAAAGUGGAGAGUUGGGGCAGGACCACAGCCAGGGUACCUUUUUGCCAAAUCCACGAAGGUUAGAGUAGCUGUCUUCCUCUUGACCAGGAGAAGUUGCAGGUGGGGAGGUGGAGGUGGGAAGAAAUGGGUUGCAGAAACUGGGAACAGGCAGUGGGGGCAACUUCUUUGAUACUAAGUACCCGCUUAAGGGAACCUUCGUCUCUGAGUUUGCUUGCCAUCUGAAUCAUGCCUUCCUUGGAGGUUGAUACUUUAGGAGAUUUUAUUUAAAACAGGUUUAGAAACUUUGAACUUCUGUUUGCAGCUCCUCCUGGUCUUCAAGCCAUCAGCAGAAUUAAUAGAUUGUGCAAGUGUCGUCUGGGAGUUAAAGCCAGUUGGUGAAUGAGUUGCACAGAAGCUGAGAUGUUCUAUGGAUAAGUGACCAUGAAAAUAUUUAGAAGUUCACUGUUUCAUAGGUCUAUUCUAGACCUUCUACUCCCUAGAAAUGGGAAAGUUCUAACAUUCAAAUUCCCAACUAUCAGACAUAGCUUUAUUUAAAUGUAAAUUCCACAAGAUAUUGGAUUAUUCUGUCAUUUCCAUUUAUUGCCCUGGGUGAUUGGGAUUGAAAUUUAAGAUAACUGUAUCCUCAAGUGUGGGAUUGCUAUUCUGUGUGAUUAAUGUUGUUUGUCUUAAAUUUAGGGAAUAUUCCUUCACUUUGUCUUUCUAAACCUUUCUUUCUUUCUU